AUGGCUCCCGAUUUGAGCGCCGCGAAUCCGUCUAGAACCAGACCCCGUGCCUCAACGACACUCCCUCCCGUAAUGGCAUCACAAUCGCCGACCCCACGGCAACCAGUACAAGGACCGCAUACGACACUGGCCUCUCUCCAGAAUCCCGGGAGCCCACCGCUAGGCACGGGAGAUUAUGGGAUCAAAAGUACAGCCCAGGGGCCAUUGCGUCACCCCCAGCCGCUGACGCCUUCGGAUCUCCAUCUAGUGCUUGAAAAGGAACAGGAAGCAAUGGUGAACCGAUUGACUCGCGAACUUUCUCUGCUCCGGCACCAGACAGCAUCCGUAUCGUCGACAGCUUCAUCUACAUCCACAUUCAAUGAACCAGAUGCCCGCGCAUCACCCACCUUGAGCAAUUCAGGCCGAUCCCACUCAACACAACGGCACCGGUCCAAUUCAAGCCUCAGUUCACAUGCAUCGGCGAGUCAGGUCCCUCAGGCAGCAAGUGUAACUGGCAUUGCACCGUCCCGAGAGACUAGCCUGCCAUCUCGAGCAGAUCACUCCCGAACUGCUCGCAGUCGCGAAUCCUCCCUAACAUCUCGCCGACCAUCAAUCGGGUCAUUAACCUCGUUUUCCCACAGCAAUAGCAGUGUAUAUCCCCACCGAAACUCGGGCUCGCAGACACAGCUUGGGUAUUCGCCGGCAACCCCACUGUCACGCUUUGAAGAGGCAACACAACACCGAUCGGAGCUGGAAUCCAUCAAGCGGGAGAACGAGCAGCUCAGGAAGCGCGUGCGGGAUCUGGAGCAAACACUGAAGAAGCAGAAAGGGGCAGUGCCGUCGGAGUCAACGAGUGAUAUCUCUGCGACACCCUCCGACGGAAUUGCAGAGUAGUCCAACUCUCAAUGUAUCCCUAUCAUUCUUACGCGUCCAUGGGGGCGCUUAUUUUCAUUUCGGGCUGGGAGUUUGCAGGCAAACACAGAAGAAUCGAGAAACAGCUUCAGGCAGCUCAGUAAAUUAAGCUAAAGCAAGAAAUGAGACAAGAUUAACUAUGUGGCGGUGUAGGCCCCGCUCUACGUCACCUGUGGCGCAGUAGCUUUGG